ACUGCCAAUUUGCAAUCCGCCAUUUUGAUUCUUUCGCAAAGGGAAGCAAUUUAAAUCCCUUUGCAUCUGCCAUCAUAACAACGACCUUAGGACAUUUACAUUCAUCAUAUUUAUAAUAUACUUCUAGCAAAACAAUGUGGAAAAUCCGUGAACUCCAGGACAAAGUGUAAGUAUUGAAAUCUUUCUGAACGUAGUAAGCUUGACAUCGGCUUCUGCCAUCUCGUUCAGUUGUUAUUGUUUUGUAGCUGUUAUAAUGUAUGUAAUGCUUCGGUUUUAGGACCAAUAUGGUCAUGAAUUAUUCUGAAGUCGAGUCGAGGGUGAGAGAAGCGACAAAUGACGAUACGUGGGGCCCUCACGGUUCUAUAAUGAGCGAAAUCGCAAAAUACACUUUUACGUAUGAACACUUUCCCGAAGUAAUGUCAAUGCUUUGGAAGAGAAUGCUUCAGGAGAAAAAGAACUGGCGUAGGGUAUACAAGGUUUGUGGCUAUAGAGGAAACAGUUUAUCGUUUUAUAACGGCUUGAUUUGCCCAAAUGUCAAUGCAAAUACUUUAAAAGUCUCAUUAUUGUUUAUUCAAAUUAUAUUUGUUGUGUUGUAGUCGCUGCUGUUAUUGUCGUAUUUGCUUCGGAAUGGUUCUGAACGUGUUGUGACUAGUUCUAGGGACCAUAUUUACGAUAUGAGACAGCUAGAAGAUUAUCAACAUAUAGACGAACACGGCAGAGACCAAGGCAUUAAUAGUGAGUAAAAUAUUUUAUAAUAUGCAUGCCAUAGUGCCAUGUCAAAAUUUUCGCAAUACAAUCGGCAUUUGAUGCCUCUGUAGCUUGUCCCAACAAUAAAGUAUCAGAUUCCGACCAUAGUAAGUAAGACCAUUCCGAUUUUCUUAGAAUUUGUUGUGGGAGUCGCAAUCUUUUCCGAUUUAAUAAAUAUUUUAAAAGAGAGAGUGACAGUUAAUUCAUUAUCGUAUGAAAGAAUUUUUAUCAUGCAUAUUUUUAAUUCAUCAGGAAAUAUUUCUUAACAAUGCGCUCAUUCAAAUAUUUUUGACACAAGAAUAAACAGUUUUUUAAAUUAAACUUACAUUUUCAAGCCAAAAACUAUUUCAUGUGUGAUAACAUUUAUUUGUAUGGUUUGUUUAUAAAUUGUGUGCUUGCUUUGUGAAAAAAAUCAUGAGUGUUUGUUGUUUUUACAAGAGGAAUUUUUAUGUAAACUUGUACAUAGGGAACUUCAAUUUUACACAUAUUGUAAGCAAGUAAAUUUUGUUAAAUUGCAUUAUAUUUGAUACCAAACACAAGAUCAAUACUUAUAAUGAAUAUUUAACUCAAUCCAAUUAAGGUCCAUCUACACGAUACAACUAGUCGUAUACGAUUCUUAUCCUGGCAUAUGUACUUGAAUAAAAGCGUGUAAAUAUGUCACAUUUCAAAUUUCGUCAUUAAACUGAUAAGCUGGAAUAGUGGGGUCAGAAGUCAUUUUCAUAUGCCAGAAUGACAAUCGUAUACGAAACAGAAAAAUCACGUAUACGACUAGUUGUAUCGUGUGAAUGAGUCUUCAAUUAAUGUGUUUCCAUUUAGAGUUGACCACCAAGCGCUAAACGUGUCAUGUGACUGAAACCCAGCUAUUGCUGCAGGCAGUACCAAUAGUGCUCACGGCACUGGAUUACAUGUGAAUUUUAUACAGAUGCAAGCCAGUAUAAAAUAAUUGUCUGUUAUCAAACCUAUACUGCAAGUAUACUUAAAGUAUGCGCAAAUGAGGAAAACAAAAAAUGAUCAGCAAAAAUCUGUUGUAACUUGUAAAUGGGUCAUUCCAGAAAACAUCCAUACCACCCCCACGGAGGAAAUAGGAAGUUAACCCCCCUAUCCCCUUCGGAUGUCCUAAUACAUUUACUAUUAUCAGAAACAAUUUUUUCUCCCCUCCCCCUCCGGACGGCAGAAAUUUCCUCUGUGGGGGGAGUAUGGAUCUUUUCUGGAACGACCCAAUUUGAUAAUCCUCUAAUCGUGAUGACCCAUAUACCCGACCUGACCCUGGUCUUACUAUCACUGACUGUAUGUAUAAAAAUAUUUCUAGUUCGACAUAAAGUGAAAGAAUUAAUAGAAAUUGUACAAGAUGAUCAGAGAUUACGAGAUGAAAGAAAGAAAGCGAAGAAAUCGCGAGACAAAUACAAAGGAGUUUCUAGUGAAGAAGUCUCACGUAAAUAUGACUACAGUAAGUUUUUAGUUUGCACUUACCUGAUAACUAAACUUACUGGAUAACUUUAUCACUUCUAAAAUGUUCUAUCUGGAGGUUAACCCAUUAAUGCUCAAGAUUCUCCCCUUCACAAAUAAAAUUGUGUGGAGUUAGACAGAGUAAAAUAAUAAUAAAGUUGGAUGCAUUGCAGCUUCAUUGGUAGAUAGACAAGUAAAUCAUCUCACAUAAACAGAAAAAAUUAUAAAGUAGGGUGCAUUUGGGUGCAUUGCAACACAGCUUAAUGAGCACCAGCACUUUCCCCUUGACGUGGAAAAUCAUCUGACGUUGGACAGAGUAAAAUAAUAUAGUAGGGUGCAAUGCAAUUUAAUGGGUUAUAUAUUAAAAUUUUGAAAUAACCACCUUAUUGUGCUUAUACAUGCAUUUUGAAAUACAUGUAGCUGAUCCCAUACUUACCAUUGAUUCAGGUGAUAGAUACAGUGCAGAACCAAAGAAUUUUGAUGAUGCUUUCGAUGAAUUUGAUGAUAAAUCAAACAAGAGAAGUUCAUUUCGGAAAUUUAGAGGAAGGGCAUAUUCUGGAAAUAAGGCUGGAGAUUAUAGAGACGAUGUCUCAAAUAGGAGGUACCAUUAUCUUAUACAGUGCAUUAUCUUAUUGUGUAUUAUUUUUUCAUCAGCUUUUGUUUUCAACGUUUUAUCAUACAAUCAAAAUGGCGGUGAUUACAUUCAGAUAGCUUAAAUAUACUAUAUAAUAUACUAUUGAAAUAACACUGAAGAAGCUUAGCAAAUAAUAUCAAGAGAAGCUUAGCAAACCUUUUUAUCAAAAGAACGAUUAAAGGUAGGUCAGUAUUGCUGAAUACCAACCUUAAUUCUGAAGUGUUGGUAUUUAAUGUUAGUAUCUUCACUAUCUUGUUCUAUCCUCUGGUUCUAUCUCAUAUUUUCAGGUUCCUGCUUGAACACCUUUUAGAGUCACUGUAUUUACAUGCAAUUUUCUUAAAGUACAAUAAGUACACCUUGAGUUUUUAAUUUGUACCAGCUCAAAUACAUGGCAAUAAUCAUUGGACGCCAGCUUUGUAAUUUAGAUGGCCACUUUUUCAUAGGUGGCCGCUUUGUGAUAUUUCACAAAUAGUUGUUGUCGGCUGCUGUUUACUUUUGUAUACGUUUCGAUACUUUUUUGUGGAAAAACACGCUGGAUGAUGAGUGUAUGAGAAUUUGAUUUCAAGCGUCAUGUUUUUUUACCACGUCCAUGAAAAUAAGUUGCCACACCCUCGAUAUGUUUUGACACCCUGGGGCCGGUUGUUCAAACUGGAUUAGUGGGUUAAAAUUUAACCUACUGUUUUGGUUUGGAUACAUUUCCACAUCUGUUUGUUUCAAAACUUCAGAAAAUGUAACUCGCAUUGAUCCACACAAGACUUCUGAAGAAAUAUUUCCAAGUUUGUAAAAAAGUUGUUGGGAUGUUUUCUUUGAAUUUUAGGUUAACCCAGGGUUAAGCUAACCGGCUUUUUUUGAAUGACCAGUCCCCCUGGUUAAAAGCUUGCUAUUAUAAUAAUUAUAUCAUAUUCCACUGAUGAUGGCUCUGAAAGAAAUACAGUAGUAGUACAUGCAUUUCAGCCUUGCAAUUCUUCCCAGUAGUAGUACAUGCAUUUCGACCUUGCAAUUCUUCCCAGUUGUAGUACAUGCAUUUCAACCUUGCAAUUCUUCCCAGUAGUAGUGCAUGCAUUUCAACCUUGCAAUUCUUCCCAGUAGUAGUACAUGCAUUUCAACCUUGCAAUUCUUCCCAGUUGUAGUACAUGCAUUUCAACCUUGCAAUUCUUCCCAGUUGUAGUACAUGCAUUUCAACCUUGCUAUUCUUCCCAGUAGUAGUACAUGCAUUUCAACCUUGCAAUUCUUCCAACAGUGAUGAGGAAGAAGGUCAGGACGCCCUCGAGACUAGAGAACGUGUACCAGCGAAGGAGGAAAGUCCUGUAGUGAAGAAAACUGUACGAAAGGUAGACCUUGGAGCUGCUGCUACUUACGCUCAAGUUCAGAGAGACAAUAACAAAACUGAUGAAACGACGUUAAAAGAACACGCACAAACUACGCAGAGCUCUGCUAAUGAACUUGUUGACUUAUUCUCAUCCUCGGAGAGCCGGCCUGUUGCAAGUAUCCCGCCGUUUCAGUCCGACUCCAGCAAUGACGGUGGUGUUUUUGGAAGUUUUGAGUCUGCAAAACACCAGAAUGGAAAUGAUUUCGCUGAUUUUAGCGCGUUCUCUGAAGCAAAACCUGCUUCGCCUAAAGACGACUUUGCCGACUUUCAAUCUUCGGGAAAAACGCAGCAGUCGAGUCAAAAUGGUGACGCAGAUUUAUUUGAAGAUUUUGCCUCUGCGUCAAGUUCGAAUCGGGAUGUUUUGUCCAAACCAACCAUGGCCAGUAAUGUUUCCAUGUCGUUUCAAGCACAACCAGGAGUCAACAUGCAACCUAUGGUAAGUAGAAUAUUUCCAGCCAACGUGCAGGGAUCUGCCCACAGUGGGGCGGCAACGGUUGCCACUGCCCAGCACUCGCACUUGAAGAGAUUAAGAUUGACGUUUACGGCACACCGCAAACGACAAACUUCAAAUCGCAUUUGAAGGUAAGCUCCACAAGUUUUCGAAAGUUUCGACAAGUUUUUUAUCUCAUUCAUGCUUCAAUUUAAGUGCACAGCUAACAGUUGAACUCGAAAUACGAUUUGAAAUUUGUAGUUAGCAGUCUGCCGUAAACGUCAAUCUUAACCUCUCCAAUUUAAAAACAUGUACUGUAAUGCUUUUUACACUGGCAGACAGACAUUGGUUUUCUCUGUCCAAAUCUAAAAAUUCCACGCACCUAGGAUAUAAUUGUGAAUAUUUUGUCUCGUGUAGAGUAUGUCAAGUCCGAUGAUGCCAGCAUCAAACAUGUCACCUAUGAUGGUGGGUACCACAACAGUGAUGAGUAAUAACUCGGCUAUGGGUGGAAAUCCAUUGAUGGGUGGUACACCUGUGAUGGCAGGCAAUCAAGGCGGUGGUGGAUCCAUGAUGGGAGGUUUGCCCACGUUGGAGGGUGGAAAUCCUACGAUGGGUGGAACACUCACAAUGGGUGGGCAACCUAUGCAGAGAGGAACACCCAUGAUGGUUGGGGCAGGAAUGAUGGGCGGUGCUCACAAUACGAUGAUGGGAGGUGCUCCCAAUACGAUGAUGAGUGGUGCUCCCAAUACGAUGAUGAGUAGUGCUCCCAAUACGAUGAUGAGUGGUGCUCCCAAUAUGAUGGGUGGUGCUCCAAAUGUGAUGAGUGGUGCUCCUAGUAUGAUGGGUGGUGCUCCUAGUAUGAUGGGUGGUGCUCCUAGUAUGAUGGGUGGUGCUCCCAGUAUGAUGGGUGGUGGAAUGGCAAUGGCCCCAUCACCCAUGAUGGGGAAUAUGACGUCAUCACAACAAGGCAUGAUGUCAUCACAAUCAACAGCUAAUGUUCCGAAGUCGUCAAUGAUGAGUAGCAAUACAACGACGAGUUCACAACAGGCAAGUAGGAGAAUAUAAGUAUUUGUAACAUUAGAAAUAUGCAUGUUAAAGUUAAUUACUGUAUGUCCACUCUGAUUUCAGGGUAUUUUCACACAGGUUGGGGGGAAAGAUUGGAGUAAGUUCUCCUUGUUUUGUGGAAAGCUUGUGUACCAAAAACUACAAAUAUUUUUGCUACGAUAACCUGUCGUGGUUUGUGUCCUAACCUUCGGCAGAAAUUAAGACUAUUUGGACGCUUCAAGGCCAUUAAAACGUCGAAGUGUUGUUUUUCAUGUAGUUGAGGCACCAACAACGACAGCUUAUUGUAGGGUUCUACCCACAUUGGACCCUCAUGUCAUGAUUCAUCACAAAGUGUUUUGCUACGUAUAUUUUCUUUCCUACCCUUUUCUUCGCUUCCCCUACAUCCAAUGUUGUUUCUACUAAAAAUUUGGGACAAGCAAUCUAGAACAAAACCUACUGUGAUUUGCAGUAACAAUGCGACAAAGCAACAUCGAAUUCUUUGUGCGGGAAACCUUGGCGAGUCGUUUUACAAAUUGUUGACCAAGGUUGUAAACUGAUGCCAACGAAGAAACAUAGCACAAAUACAUUGUUGAAUAUUUAAAUCGAAACACUUUCCACCAACUGACCAUUUAGGUAACUCAUACUAACAGUAACUUAUGCGUACUAUUAUUGCCCAGGCAACGUCGAAGUUGGCGGCGUCGAAGUUGACAACGUGGUCGAACAGUGGCGUAGACAUCAGCCUGGAUAACUUGGCUCCAGUCUCCCAGAAAGAGAAACCUCAUCAACCAAGCAUGAAUCAGCUUUACAUGCAACACACCACACCACCACAGAUGUCGUCACCGGGCAUGGGUUACUAUGGAAACGCCGGAGGAAUGCAGCCUGCAAUGUACACUGGGAAUCAGAUGGGGAUGUCUAUGAACAUGAUGGGUAACGGCGUAGGACAAAUGAAUAUGUCCUCUCCCCCCGGUAUGAUGAACAGAGGAAUGAUGUCGCAGGGGGGUGCGGUCAAUAUGCAACAACCUGGCAUGGUUGGCGCAAAUCAAAAUUUUGGUAGAGUCAUGCAAUUUAAAUAAUUUAUUCUCAUCUGAUGGCGUGGCAGAUAAAUAGUUUUGACAAUAUUUUCCUAAUAUGUAGGGUCAUCCUGCACCAAUCAAACAGCUUUGACACACAUUGGGUAAUAUAUAGAUGUUUGACUUACUGCCCGUGAAUUUUAUAAAGUACGUGUUCGCACUGGUAUUUAGUCUGUAUUUGUGGUAAAUUCUCGCUAGAUUUUCUACUAAAUUUCCUGACAAUGAUUGUUUUUUAAUUAUUUAAUACAAUGAGACUGGCGAGAAUCUACCAUAAAAGACGUGUAGCAGUGCCUAUAAAAUACUGAAUGAACUCAGAAUCAAAGUCUUUAUUACCCUCAUUGACAUGUCUGAAAGCCUGCCGCGCAGGAGAGUUCUUGACUGAGGUAAGGACCUCGCGAUGCCGUUCUCGUGUGCGGAUCUUUUUCCUGAUAUGGCGUGCAACAAAGAUCUGGUGUGUUUGAUAUCUUACAAAAUUGCUAAGCUUACGGCCUCUCGUGGUGAUCAGUUCAACAAAGAGCUCUCGUGAGCGCCAGGCUUGGGCGACCAGUAGUUAUAAACUACUAAUAAAUUUCUCAGAGAAAGUAAGAUGCCAAACCUUUGUUUCCGCAACAAAAAUCACACUUGGGAAAUGAAAAGAUUUUUCCCAAUUUAUUAGAAAGCCUGUUUACAAGAUUGGGAUAAAAUGGGAGUAUUCAUGGAAACAUCGCAAUUUCAAAUUUUUCGAAAAAGCCUUUUUGAUAUCAGCAGGAAAAGCUACAUUUCCCCGACUUCAUUACGUUAUCUGCGCGUAUAGUUUAGUAGCGACAAGGUUGUAAACUUUGGUCAGUUUUAACUGCAUUUUGUAAUUUUUGCUUGGUUUUAGUAAUUGUGAAAAUAUCUUUUGUUCUUGAAAGUGUGUCUUGUAAUUGGCAAAUCUUAGUCGGGCCAGUCCCUACGCCUCUUAGUACGCGUUUUCCCCCGCGCGUCAUUUGAAUAUGCAAUCAGUGAUGUCAUGGAAAAAUGAAACGCAUGCACAGAGGACUGGGGACUAGUCUGCUAUAACUUAUUAAAAUUUCCAAUGAACUGUAUUUGAACCAAAAAAUAUGACAUUGUUAGUCGUGUAAAUUAGUUAGGUUAAUUAUAUCGUACAAGUAAAGUAAUUAUAUAUGACCCCGGCAUCACCGAUCAUUCUCGUAGAUCGGUGCAAUUAUGAACAUUCAUCAUUUUGUAAAAUAGUUGGUUCACAACAUGAUAAAUAUUAUUGCUAUGAUAAACAUGCUUGCUAAUUAUGUGUAUAAAAUAAUUACUCUAUACUUUGACAUUACUUUUUUGGUGAGUUGUGUUUCUUUUAUCAUCGGGAAGUACUGCUGUUUCCUUUCCCUGUUAUGCUUUCUCUACCACUACGUUCUUGCCAUUAAUAUUCUAUCCUUUUUGAGGACAAAUCCUCUUAUAAUAAUUACAUGUUUAUAUCAAACCCCAUACAUGCUUGUACAAAUAGUAGUUGUAAAAAAAUUACAAACAGAAAUGUACAAGGAUCGUAGCAAAAAUGACGUGGAUAAAAGCAAAUUGUUUAACAGAGCCUGCCGCACUGGUUGCGGUGAGUGUUGGUGUCAUCUUGACGCUUGCUGAAACUGUGAUUGAUGCUGUAGGGGUCGGUGUUUGAGUUGGAACGUUGGGUUUUGUACUAGGGGUAAUUUUUAACUGUACUUGUUGUGUAGAGCUUUCUUUUCGAUCAAUCAUCAUAGUAGACCUUUCGGCAUUCACACUAGCACUGGGUUGCCGUUGCUGUAUGGUGGAAGACGGCUUGAUAAUUGGGUUGGAAUCAUAGGUCUUCACAAAAGUAAAAGUUCCAAACCUGUUUACGGGUUUAUCGCCUUUGAACGAUCCUUCUGUGUUAUUUGUAAGCAGGUGGAUAUUUUCUUUUGGAUUUGUUAUUUGAUCUAGACUAUCAAAGUUAGGUCCACUGUCAGUGCCUGCAUCAUAGGGUGGCAAAUCUCUUGUUCUCGAGUCUAACCAUCUCCCUGUUGCUGUGUUGCAUAAAUUAUAGUCGUGUACACCAACGAACCAAUCAGGUGAGGGUGCGAUCAUGGUAAUGAAGGACACGAGGGGAUAUUCCAAGUUGACUUCGAUGUCAGUGAUGGAACGGCUUCCUGUGCCACCAGAGAACCCGUUGCCUCGGUAUCUCUUAUGGGCUUUUUUCAAAUUUAUCUGAAUGUCCAUUUCGCUGUUAAGUGCACUUG